UGGCAUGUUCUUCCAUUGCUUUUGGUUGGUUUUGCCACCUAUCAAUUAGAUCGAACCAAUAUCUCUAGCGCAUUGACAGGGGGGUUAGCCACCGCGAUAUCUGUCAAUCAGAACACGAUCAAUCUCGGCAACCAACUCAUGUUCCUGGGUGUUAUCGUGCUGGAGAUACCUUCUAACAUCUUUUUACACAAGGUGAAUGUUCUCGAUAUGUUCCUAUUUGCGAUUGGCGCUCGUCGUUGGAUUGGUAGCCAGGUCUUCAUUUUUGGCUUAGUGGCUGCUCUACAGGUCCUGGUUCGAGGAAAAGUCGGCUUUCUUCUGACGAGAAGUAUUUUGGGUCUCUCAGAGGCGGGCUACAUCCCAGGUGCUAUGUUCACUUUGUCGACCUGGUACACGAAAGAGGAAAUCACUAAACGUAUUGCAAUUCUUUUUUUCGGAAUGUUUGGUGGCACAGCCAUCUCGCCAUUGCUCGGCGCAGGACUGCUGAGACUGAAUGGCAAAGGUGGACUAUCCGGGUGGCAAUGGAUUUUUCUAGUUGAGGGUGUCUGGUCCAUUGCAGUCUCUCUAAUGUUGAUUUUUCUCCUCCCAGAGAGAGAAUCAGUCACGCCGACCUUGGAGACUGACGAGAUCUUGCAAAGCAAUUCUUGGGCCAGCGCAGCACCAGCUCAGAAGAUCCCCCUUGAUAAUGUGUGGAAAACACUAAUCAAUAUACGCAAAUGGCCACAUUUCCUCGCAACGGCUUGCGUCUUUUCGACAUGGAGUCCCCUGACAACUUAUACACCCAGCAUUUUCAUAUCCUUGGGGUUUUCGCGGGUUCAAUCCAACGCUCUGGCUUCAGUUGGAACCUUGAUGACUUUACCAAUUGUUUUCUUCUUUGCUUGGCUGAGUGACAAAACUCAAAAGCGCGGGCUGACAGUCAUGAUUGCUAUCACAGCUUACUUGAUAUCACUCGUUGCUCUGAGGACAAUUGAACCACAUGUAGGCAAGUGGUCUAAAUUUGGACUCUGGACAACAGUCAAUGGCCUCGCCGUGGGAUACCAUCCCAUUCAUAAUGUGUGGAUACAAAUGAAUAGCUCAGACCCUGAGGAACGCAGCAUCCAU